AGGGUUGGGCCAUUGAACUGUCUCUCUCAGUUUGACAAACAAACCUAACGGUAAACUGCUACCCAACUCGCACACCAGUCAAAAAUGCCUGCAGACUACAAUGGACGUUGGGAGAUGGUGAGCAACGACAACUUUGAGGACGUCAUGAAGGCUAUCGACAUUGACUUUGCCACCAGAAAGAUAGCUUCCCACCUGCAUCAGACAAAAGUGAUCGUCCAGAACGGAGACAAGUUUGAAACAAAGACCCUGAGCACCUUCAGAAACUACGAGGUCAACUUCACUGUCGGAGAGGAGUUUGAGGAGUACACAAAGGGCCUGGACAACCGAAAAGUCAUGUCACUGGUUUCCUGGGACGGAGACAAGUUGGUGUGUGUUCAGAAGGGAGAGAAAGAAAAUCGUGGCUGGAAACACUGGAUUGAGGGAGAUCAGCUACAUUUGGAAAUCACUGCCCUCGACAAAGUCUGCCACCAAGUAUUUAAAAAGGUCCAGUAAGAUGGGAACCAACCUUAUCUGCACAAAACUGUCUGUGGUGUGUUGCAUGUUGCUGUCUAUUUAUAAUAUAAUUGUGAGGACCUGUAAUAAAUUGAUUAAAUACCA